GUGCUGCAGACGCAGGUGCAGCUUCCCCCCGCCCCUCAUCUCCGCCAGCCACCUGCCGCCGGCGAGCCCCGCUGCGCGCAUCUCCGCCGCCGCCGCCGCCCCCGCCGCCGCCGCUGCCCCAUAGCAAAAUCCUCCCUCCCUCUUGCUCCCUCUCCCCGCCCCUCGCAUUGAUUCAAUUUCCCUCCCACUUGGAGCCACCGAAUUCAAGCGUAGAAAGCAAUUAAAUCCUGCCAAAACUAGCAGCGGCAAUACCCUAGGCGGCUCUCCCCUCUCCCCCGAGCUCGAGGCAGCCGACCCAGCGCAGCCGCCGCCCUCUGUUUCUGCGCAGUGGCGGCCGCGCCGUCCUCUGCCUCCGCCACCACCAGCUGCUGGGGCGCCGCCGCACCUCUCACCUGUCCUGGUCGGGGUGGAGCGGAGCCGGUUUCGCCUUCCCCUUGGUAGGAGAUUGCUGCGGGCCAUUGUCCCGCCCCAAUCCAUCCGUCCAUGGCCCGCGCGGGCUCGUCUUCCUCAGGGCGCAGUGCGGAUAUGCCCACGCAAGUUGAGAACGUCUUUGAGCAAUUGAUCAGCAAGAUAGAAGCUGCGGAUUUUGAUCCGCGACCCUUAUUGAAACAAUGUAAUGCGUUAGGCCGCUAUGAACCAAUCAAGCGGAAUGUAUACCGCAUUAAGAGACGCACUGAAGAUUAUGGCAUUUUCUGUUCCUGUAAGCCUUCGUCUGGUUCAUCAGUUGCAUGUGGCAAAGACUGCCAUUGUGGGAUGCUGUUCUCUUGUUGUUCAUCAAGCUGUGAAUGUGAUAACACUUGUGCCAACAAACCAUUCCAGCACAGACCUCUGAAGAAUACCAAAUUGAUUACAACAGAGAAAUGUGGAUUUGGAUUGGUAGCUGAGGAUGAAAUAAAGAAAGGAGAAUUUGUUGUAGAAUAUGUGGGGGAAGUUAUUGAUGACAGAACAUGCGAGAAAAGAUUAUGGCAAAUGAAAAGGCUGAGUGACACUAACUUCUACCUUUGUGAGGUCAGUAGCAAUAUGGUCAUUGAUGCUACAGACAAGGGAAACAUGUCCCGAUUUAUAAACCAUAGUUGUGAACCAAACACAGAGAUGCAGAAAUGGACUGUUGAUGGAGAGACCAGAGUUGGAAUCUUUGCUCUUCGUGACAUAAAGAAAGGGGAGGAGCUGACUUAUGACUAUAAAUUUGUCCAGUUUGGAGCAGAUCAAGAUUGUCAUUGUGGAUCUUUAAACUGCCGAAAAAUGCUUGGAACAACGAAGUCACUUAACUCAUUGUUACUUCGAAAUGGCUAUUCAGUUAGCUCACGUAAUCAGUAUGUCAAGAAGAAAAAAAGGAAAACAAGGUGUGAGAAUUGCAUUCAACAGUUUCUUCGUUUGUGGCAUCCACGGCAACAAAUGUAUGUUGGAUGUUGGAUAAUUGACUUCGAUCAAGAAACUAAAAUACAUACUCUGCAGUUUACUGACCUCCAUGUCGAAAAGUUUAAUUUGAAAGAAGAAGAGUGGCACUUCUUACUGGUCGAUUCAUCAGAUGAAGAGUGAUCAUUGAAGGUAACCGUCACAUUCUAUUGAGGACCAUCAUCGUUCGCUUGGCUGCCAGCCUGAUUUCGGUUCAUUUGUCAUCAGUAGCAGCAUCGCAGAACUGGCGGGCAGUUUUCUCCCAUUUGGAGUGUACUGCAACCCUGAUGCUUGAGACAGCAAGCUUGUGCGCUCGGGCAUCGUAGGCUGUAACUGCUGAUUCCCAUUGCCAAACUGAACCACACCCCUCGGCCCUCGAUUGCAUUGUUCGCUAAGUACCACUACCACAAGAUGCUCGGAAACAGAAUAAAGUCUUUGGUGAUUUUAGUGUACCAACGUCGUUGUGUUGUGUGCCGUGGAAGUGUGCUUGAUAUGUCGGCUACUGUCAAUAGAAAUGUCGGUUGUGCUAGUUGUCGUGCAGUGGCAUCCUGUGACGAAACAUGAUGAGGCAUUGUCGAAGUGAUCUGUCUCCCUGACUGCUGCCUGUUCGACGCAUCCCUUCCCUGGGAUAAACCAAAAUAGGCUUGCUGGGUAUAAGAGGCAGUGGUCUGCUAGUCUUGCUAACCGAGCUUUUAUGUGAUGUUUUCGUGUUUUGUACUCUACCGCGGAAUGUUUUAAACACUGAUAUUUUGUUGCUAAUGAAAUACAUGCAUUGUGCCU